AUGGAUCUGUCGAAGAUGUCGAACGCCGACCGUGUGCAGUUAUGUCGACGAUAUUUUUAUAUAGGACUGGCGUUGUUACCGCUUGUGUGGAUUGUGAAUUUCGUUUGUUUCUUUCGAUACGCAUUCUUCGUCGACACUUCACCGGCACAGAAAAUCAUUCGAAAGUAUGUGAUAUUCUCAUUAGUGGGCGCAUCGUUUUGGAUUGUUAUUCUAACCGUUUGGGAAGUAUACUUUCAAUGGCAGCGUUUGAAAGGCUUCGAAUGGACCGAUCGACUAUCAUUUGUUUUUCCGCUUGGUUAUGUGUAA